AACUAUCAUGCCUGAUACCGUAAAAGCACCCAAGAAGGGCUCCAAGAAAGCCGUCUCGAAGGCCACCAAGAGCGGCAAGAAGAGGAGGACUAAGAGGAAGGAGAGCUACGCCAUUUACGUGUACAAGGUGUUGAAGCAGGUGCAUCCUGACACCGGCAUCUCCUCCAAGGCUAUGGGCAUCAUGAACUCGUUUGUCAGCGACAUCUUCGAGCGCAUCGCCGGGGAGGCCUCCCGUCUGGCUCACUACAACAAGCGCUCCACCAUCACCUCCAGGGAGAUCCAGACCGCCGUCCGCCUGCUGCUGCCCGGAGAGCUGGCCAAGCACGCCGUGUCUGAGGGCACCAAGGCUGUCACCAAGUACACCAGCUCCAAGUAAACUCACGCUGCUAAGCAACUGGA